AGCAGCAGCUGGUCCGGCUGAGGCGCGGGGUGUUGAUGGCGCAACUGGAGUCUGAGUUUGGAGCGAGGGGAUGGAGUGGACAGAUCCAGCCGGCGCUGGUUGCGUUUGUUAUUUGCCUGAUUUUUCUGGAAGCCUGUCUUUGGGUCAGAAAUGUGGCGCGGAAGAGGAGACUGCCUGGACCGAUCCCUUGGCCCGUGGUGGGCAACGCCAUGCAGCUGGGCCGCAUGCCGCACAUAGCCUUCACCAAGUUGGCCAAGAAGUACGGCAACGUCUACCAGAUACGACUGGGCAACAGCGAUGUCGUGGUGCUGAACGGAAACAAGGCGAUUCGCGAGGCUCUGGUGGAGCACAGCUCCGAGUUCGCGGGGAGACCCAACUUCGAGUCCUUCCAGUGGGUCUCAGGGGGCAAGAGCCUGACCUUCACCAACUACAGCAAAGAGUGGAAGGUGCACCGGAAGAUCGCUCAGUCAACCCUCAGGGCUUUCUCCAGCGCCAACUCUGAAACCAAGGAAGCCUUUGAGCAACACAUUGUGGCGGAAGCCAAAGACCUAGUGAAGGUCAUCGUCAAUCUCAGCACCCAAAAAGGAUACUUCCACCCCGUCCACCCGCUGACCGUCGCUGCCGCCAACAUCAUCUGCGCCCUGUGCUUUGGAAAACGUUACGGGCACGACGACGUUGAGUUCCGCACUCUGCUGCAGAGGAUGGAUAAGUUUGGAGAGGCCGUCUGCGCGGGAAGUUUGGUGGACGUGAUGCCGUGGCUCCAGUCCUUCCCCAACCCGGUGCACACCGUCUAUAACAACUUUAAGGAGCUGAACACAGACUACUUCCAGUUCAUCCGCAGCAAGGUGGAUGAGCACAGAGAAACGUUCGACCCUCAAGUGACCAGAGGCAUGAGUGACGCCGUCAUCGGGGUGAUUGACAUGGACAGCGAUAUGGUACUAGCAAAGAGCUUCACAGAGGCGACUGUGGCGGAUCUGAUCGGAGCCGGUUUGGACACGGUCUCCACAGGCCUCCACUGGAGCGUCCUUCUUCUGGCGAAGCACCGCGACAUUCAAAGCCAACUGCAGCGCGUGAUCGACCAAGUGGUGGGGCGGGACCGGCUGCCCUGUGUGGAGGACAGGGCUCAGCUGCCCUACCUGGACGCCUUCAUCUACGAAACCAUGCGCUUCAUCUGCUUCAUCCCCGUCACCAUCCCCCACGCCACCACCUCCGACGUCACCAUCGAGGGGUUCCACAUUCCAAAAGACACGGUGGUCUUCAUCAACCAGUGGUCCAUCAAUCACGACCCCCUGAGCUGGAAGGACCCGCAGGUCUUUGACCCGUCACGCUUCCUUGACAAAAACGGCUCCCUGGACAAGGAUGCGACCAACAACGUUAUGCUCUUCUCAGCGGGGAAGCGGAGAUGCAUCGGAGAACUGGUCGCCAAGGUGGAGCUCUUCCUGUUCUUGGCCAUUCUGCUUCACCAGUGCAGCUUUGAGAAAAGCCCCGACGAAAAUCUGUCGCUGAACUACACAUACGGUUUGGGCCUGAAGCCCUUAGACUACAAGAUCAUCGCCAAAUACAGACGCUGAGGAACGUACAGGCAUGUUUGUCACGUGAUGAAAUGCCUGGUAAAUAUUUCAUAUCGUCACCAACGCCUCGGUGAUGAGUCAGAAGACACCAGUUUGAAGCUAAUAAGAGGAAAUAUAUUCAAUAAAACUGCUUUUCUAUAUUCAAGCUCAAUUGAAAAACAUUCAAAAAAAUGUCUAAUAACUGAAGUUUAAGUUCAACUGAUGGCACACCACCUAAAUAUUCUGACCUUUUUAAGGAAGAAUAUUAAAGAAAAUAAAUCCCAAAACGGCCUGAAUUCACUCUCAAUCCUCAUAAAAUGCUUCUUGUUGUUAUGUAACGUUGAUGUCAUUCAUAAUGUUACCAAUAAAAUCUGCAUGAUAUUUCAACAAACUCUUUGUGUAGCUGGUAAAACUGAGUUGAAAUUGACAGAAGUAAAUCUGGAUGAUCUACAGACUGUUGUAUAAAGUAGCAGACUGCACACAUAUCGUCACAAUUAUGACCACAAGAUGCUUCAACUGUAGUUAUGCAACAAACAACACCGAUGCUAAGCUAUGUUGCUCAUAGCUUAGCAUCGGUAGCACGCCGCUUAUACAGUUACUUUCUGCUGACAUGGACACUCACCUUCUCUUUAUGACUAAAUAUUGGGAGAAGUCUUAAAAAAGUGACUUUGCUGUUGAUAUUUGAGGACAAAAAACAAUAAUUCUGAUGAUUCUCAGGUGCUUUUCAUUGUUCUUGUUCAAGUGAAACUUUUUUAUUUGCCACCAAACUCAAGAAAUUCUCAAGACAAAAUUCAAAAUUGAUCAUCAAAUGUUAGUGUCAAGAAAUGGGUUGGAAGCUUAUCACAGACUUUAAAGCAAGAAUAUAGAGCAUUUAAACCAAAUAAACAUCACUAGAGGAAUAAGCUCGGGGCCUUUUUUUUUUCAAGGGUGCUUUUGCUGUGUGUCCUCAGUGAAACGCUCAAUAUGAAGAGUGACAUGC